AUGCAGGAUGCGGGCAGUUCAAGUAGUGGUCUGUCGGAGAUUCCCACCGCCCAUCCAGAGCAUAGCCCGGGGUUCGCAUCCGUGAGACCAACGCUGAGCCGACGCUCCACCAAUGUCGAGCUCUCACGAAUCGAGUCGAUUCGUCUGACGCACCAGUCGACCGUCGGAUCGACAGCUGGCCCAGCCCCCAGAGAUCAAUGGCUACCAUUUGGCGGCGGAAGAGAUUAUCCUCCCCUGCUGCCUGACCCCGAGAAAUAUGUCGUAGAAUUCACAGGAGAUGACCCCAUGGAUCCGCAUAACUGGCGGAUGAGCACCAAGGUUUAUUUGUCGUGCAUCCUCGCGUAUGUCACUUUCGUGUCCUCGUUCGCAAGUGCGAUCUUCUCUUCUACACUCGCCGCGACCAGUGAGGAGUUCCACGUGAGUACGGAAGUCAUGAUAUUAGGCGUGACCCUGUAUGUUUUAGGCUUCGCGUCCGGUCCUACCUUUUGGGCCCCGGCCUCGGAGCUGAGCAGCCGACGAUGGCCCCUUACUGCGGGUGCCUUUGGGGCGAGCAUCUUCACCAUUGGGACCGCGACCGCGAAAGAUGUUCAGACCAUCAUGUUGACCCGGUUCUUCGCUGGGUUCUUCGCCGCUAGUCCGCUGGCCCUAGUCCCAGCAGUAUUCGCCGAUAUGUACAAUAAUCGGCAUCGCGGCGUGGCCAUCGCCAUGUUCGCCAUGGCGGUGUUCGUUGGGCCAUUCGCAUCCCCAUUCACCGGGGGGUUUAUCACCAUGAGUUAUCUCCACUGGCGAUGGACCAUGUACCUCGCGGCCAUUAUGGGUUUCUUCGGAUCGGCAUUGUUGCUCUGCUUCUUUCGAGAAACCUAUGCGCCCAUGGUGUUGGUGGGAAAAGCGUCUAUACUGCGACGCCAAACUCACAACUGGGGUAUUCAUGCGAAACAAGAUGAGGUCGAGGUUGAUUUCAACCAGUUGAUCACCGUGAACUUCAGCCGGCCCUUCCGCAUGUUGUUCACCGAUCCUAUUGUGUUGUUGGUGACGUUGUACAUGUCGUUCAUCUACGGAUUGAUGUAUGCGUUGCUAGGGGCAUAUCCCAUCGUAUUCCAGAAGAUCCAUGGGAUGAACUUCGGAGUUGGAAGCCUGCCGUUCAUCGCGUUAAUCAUUGGCGAGUUUGCGGGGGGUGCAUACACCCUCCUCAGUCAGCCGGCAUAUACGAAGAAAUUAGUAGCCAAUAACGACAUCCCCGUGCCGGAAUGGCGAUUACCUCCCGUGAUUGUGGGCGGAAUCGCCUUCACAGUAGGCCUCUUUUGGUUCGGUUGGACCGGCUGGACGAAGAACAUCCACUGGAUGGCCCCCACGGCAUCCGGGGUUCUCGUGGGAUUUGGUAUCUAUUGCAUCUUCCUGCAGUGCUUCAACUAUCUAAUCGACUCGUAUCUGCAAUUUGCCGCUUCGGUCUUCGCCGCCAACACCAUCCUCCGGUCCGCCGUCGGGGCGUGUUUUCCGCUCUUUGCACGGCAGAUGUUUACCAACCUGGGGGUUCAGUGGGCUGGGACACUGUUGGGCUGUCUGGCGGCUAUCAUGAUCCCGAUUCCAUUGGGAUUUAUCAUCUGGGGCCCCACAUUGCGGCGGAAGAGCAAGUUUGCACCGAGCCCAGCAGUAUUCGAGGAAAAGUCGGGGUAG